UGACCACACCACACGACCCUGAUUGGCCGCUCAAAUGACUGCUUCCUGCACUGAUUGGUCUUCGCUCGACGAAUCUCUGUGUGUCCUCUGCGACCAUCUCUCACUCUCCACCAGUAGAACGACGCUCGACGUCGAGCGAAAACCGCGUCUCCUCGAUGGAGCAUCCUAUUGUCUCCGGCCUGCAGACGUACACGAGAACCAACGAGGAUCACGCGGCUCGAAACAACGAAGCUGUGCUCAUUCGUCACGCCUCACCGCCGUCCGACCUUCCCGCACAAGGUUCUGCUCAAGAGUUGGCAUCAUCGUAUAUGAAUGGAACCGUAUCGAAACACUCACAGAUGCCUCCACCGUUGGUACCUCAGGCUGGAAACUACGAAGGAGGAGUCAUCAUCACUGCACCACUCGGGACUCAUAGUUUGGUUAUGCAAGGUUACCAGUCAUCUCCUGAUAGAGCGACUAGCAUCUCAGAAAAUUCAACUCGUGUUAUUGAGGCUUUUGUUGCUAAUCAUCCGAUUCAGAAACACUGUUCUGUUGAACGUUUGAGUGGAACUGUGGGCCUGACGACUGUGAUGUCGGAAAGUCCGUACAUGUCUCACGAGGGAGAAGACGAGGUCGCCGUUUCUCAGUCUGUUCACAGUUCUCUUAUAUCGACGUUGCCGGAUAAACUUCAACAACAACAGUGUUCAGAACAGGGAGUCGAAUGUAUGGGACCUACGGGUGGACUGACCGAUCAGUCAAGACAGGAAUCGAUGCCUGAAUUGAUGACUGAAUCACAACUGGACGAGUCAGGCGACGGCGAGACACCAACAGGUUUAGCAAUAGGAAGUCCAGUUGAUCCUUCAGCUGCAGCCCAACAGGAUCAAUACUUACAGAUGGGGAAGAGAAAACAGAGACGGAAUCGGACGACGUUUACCGCUCAACAACUGGAAGAAAUGGAAAGCGUAUUCCAGAAGACUCACUAUCCUGACGUUUUUACACGGGAAGAGUUAGCGAAUAAAAUUGGACUCACUGAAGCCAGAGUGCAGGUCUGGUUUCAAAAUCGUCGUGCCAAGUGGCGAAAACGAGAAAAAGCUCCAACUAUGGUUCCAAUGGGAGGCAAUGCUUCCGCCAUUCCAUCAUCGAUCACCAUCCCUUCAUCAAUGCCUAUUGGACCGCCUCCCAAUGUGGCAAAUAUCGCUGUACCGGCACAUUCGUCACCGAUGAUUGCACCGCGUCCCAUGCCGCAUCCGAUUGGUUCGAUGGGUGGAAACUUUCGUAUGACACCGGGAGUCGGUCCGAUUUGGGCUAACGACGGGACAUAUCAGCCUUGCCCGCCGCAGCCGGGAAGUGCAUUGCAACAUGCAUUUUUGGGUCCAAACGGCCAGAUGAUGAUGCAAGGACACAGAAGCGUGCUGUGGACUGACUUAGAGGUGUCGGCACUCAUUGGGAUAUAG